AUGUGUACAGCCGUCCGUCCCUGGGCCCUCCUGCUGCUGGGUGGCGUGUGGGCGGCCGCCAGUAGCGCCGAGCCCGCGUUCCGGACCUUCCCGGUCAGCGACUGGAGCCUGACCCACCUGGUGGUCCACAACAAGACGGGAGAGGUGUAUGUGGGGGCCGUCAACCGCAUCUACAAGCUCUCCAGCAACCUGACGCUGCUGCGCACGCACGUCACGGGCCCCGUGGACGACAACGAGAAGUGCUACCCGCCGCCCAGCGUCCAGUCCUGCCCGCACGGGCUCGUCACCACCAACAACGUCAACAAGCUGCUCCUGGUGGACUACGCGGCCAACCGGCUCAUCGCGUGCGGGAGCACGUCGCAGGGCAUCUGCCAGUUCCUGCGGCUGGACGACCUCUUCAAGCUGGGCGAGCCCCACCACCGCAAGGAGCACUACCUGUCCAGCGUCAAUGAGUCGGGCACCAUGUCCGGCGUGCUCAUCGAGGUGCCCGGCGGGCACGACAAGCUCUUCAUCGGCACGCCCAUCGACGGCAAGUCCGAGUACUUCCCCACGCUGUCCAGCCGCAAGCUGAUGGAGAACGAGGAGAACGCCGAGAUGUUCGGCUUCGUCUACCAGGACGAGUUCGUGUCGUCGCAGCUCAAGAUCCCCUCGGACACCCUGUCCAAGUUCCCGGCCUUCGACAUCUACUACGUGUACAGCUUCAGCAGCGAGCAGUUCGUGUACUACCUGACCCUGCAGCUGGACACGCAGCUCACGUCGCCCGACUCCACCGGCGAGCAGUUCUUCACCUCCAAGAUCGUCCGGCUCUGCGUGGACGACCCCAAGUUCUACUCAUACGUGGAGUUCCCCAUCGGCUGCGUGCAGGGCGGCGUCGAGUACCGCCUGGUGCAGGACGCCUACCUGAGCAAGCCCGGCCGGGCCCUGGCCCGCCAGCUCGGCCUGUCCGAGGCGGAGGACGUCCUCUUCACCGUGUUUGCCCAGGGCCAGAAGAACCGCGUCAAGCCCCCCAAGGAGUCUGUGCUGUGCCUCUUCACCCUCAAGAAGAUCAAGGACAAGAUCAAGGAGAGGAUCCAGUCCUGCUACCGGGGGGAAGGCAAGCUGUCCCUGCCCUGGCUCCUCAACAAGGAGCUGGGCUGCAUCAACUCGCCUUUGCAGAUCGAUGAUGACUUCUGCGGGCAGGACUUUAACCAGCCUCUGGGGGGCACCGUGACCAUCGAGGGCACGCCGCUCUUUGUGGACAAGGAAGAUGGCAUGACGUCGGUGGCUGCCUAUGACUACCAGGGCCACACUGUCGUUUUUGCCGGGACCCGGAGUGGCCGGAUCAAGAAGAUCCUGGUGGACCUGUCCAGCCCUGGCGGCCGCCCUGCGCUGCAGUAUGAGAACGUGGUGGCCCACGAGGGCAGCUCCAUCCUGAGAGACCUGGUGCUGAGCCCCAGCCGCCAGUACAUCUACGCCAUGACCGAGAAGCAGCUAAAUCAGAUUCCCCUCAGAUAUUGUUUCUCCUCCCUGGCAUCCCUGCUAGACCCAGCCUCUGACUCUGAAUUCCCAGUGAUAGAGACUGAUGUGUGCUCCGGCCCAGCCACCAGGAGGCUCUUGUCCAAGCGGGUCCUGAGCGGCGUUUGCCAGAGGCCUCCAUCCCAGGCUGUGUUCCAGGCCCUUGAGAACCCCUAUCCCUUGGCCCUGGCCGACCAUCCUUCCCGCUUUUUUCUCCGCAGCUGCCUGUCCUGUGUGAAUGGAUCCUUCCCUUGUCACUGGUGCAAAUACAGACACAUCUGCACCCACAACGCUGCUGACUGCUCCUUCCAAGAAGGCCGAGUCAAUGCGUCGGAGGACUGCCCGCAGAUCCUGCCGUCCACCCAGAUCUACGUCCCGGUGGGAGUGGUGAAGCCCAUCACGCUGACCGCCAAGAACCUGCCGCAGCCUCAGUCUGGCCAGCGCAACUACGAGUGCAUCUUCCACAUCCCGGGCAGCCCGGCCCGCGUGACCGCCCUGCGCUUCAACAGCACCAGCAUCCAGUGUCAGAACACUUCGUACACCUAUGAGGGCAACGACAUCAGCGACCUGCCUGUCAACCUCUCGGUGGUGUGGAAUGGCAACUUUGUCAUCGACAACCCCCAGAACAUCCAAGCUCACCUGUACAAGUGUUCCGCCCUUCGGGAGAGCUGCGGCCUGUGCCUGAAGGCCGACCCGCGAUUCGAGUGCGGCUGGUGCGUGGCCGAGAAGCGCUGCUCUCUGCGCCACCACUGCCCGGCCCCGGACGUCGGCUGGAUGCACGCCAGCAGUGGCAAUAGCCGCUGCUCAGACCCCAAGAUCCUCAAGCUCUCUCCGGAGACGGGCCCCCGGCAGGGCGGCACUCGGCUCACCAUCACGGGCGAGAACCUGGGCCUGAAGUUCGAGGACGUGCGGCUGGGCGUGCACGUGGGGAAGGUGAUGUGCAACCCCAUCGAGAGCGAGUACAUCAGCGCCGAGCAGAUCGUGUGUGAGAUCGGAGACGCCAGCCCCGGCCGAGCCCACGACGCCCUGGUGGAGGUGUGCGUCCGAGACUGUUCUCUUCACUACCGCGCCGUGUCCCCCAAGAGGUUCACCUUCGUGACCCCCACCUUUUACCGGGUGACCCCUGCUCGCGGCCCUCUCUCGGGGGGCACUUGGAUUGGUAUUGAGGGAAAUCAUCUGAAUGCUGGCAGCGAUGUGGCUGUCUCCAUUGGGGGCCGGCCCUGCACUUUCUCCUGGAGGAAUUCCCGGGAAAUCCGCUGCCGUACCCCUCCGGGCCAGAGCCCUGGUGGUGCCAACAUCGUCAUCAAUAUUAACAGGGCUGAGCUCAGCAAUUCUGAUGUGAAGUACAAUUACACCGAGGACCCCACCAUCCAGAGGAUUGACCCCGAGUGGAGCAUUAACAGUGGUGGAACACUCCUCACCGUCACAGGCACCAACCUGGCCACUGUCCGAGAGCCCCGGAUCCGUGCCAAGUACGGCAGUGCCGAGAGGGAGAAUACUUGUAUAGUGUACAACGACACCACCAUGGUGUGCCACGCCCCCUCCAUCGACAACCCCAGCCGGAGCCCCCCCGAGAUGGGUGACCGGCCAGAUGAACUGGGCUUCGUGAUGGACAACGUGCGGUCCCUGCUCAUUAUCAACAGCUCCAACUUCCUCUACUAUCCUGACCCCGUCUUUGAGCCCCUCAGCCCCUCCGGCAUCCUGGAACUCAAGCCCAGCUCCCCCCUCAUCCUCAAGGGCCGGAACCUCCUCCCUCCUGCCUCUGGGAACUCCAGGCUCAACUACACCGUGCUCAUCGGCUCCACUCCUUGUGUGCUGACCGUGUCUGAGACCCAGCUGCUCUGUGAAUCGCCCAACCUCACCGGCCAGCACAAAGUCACGGUACGUGCAGGCGGCUUCGAGUUCUCCCCAGGGAUGCUGCAGGUGUACUCGGACAGCCUUCUGACGCUGCCGGCCAUCAUCGGUAUUGGGGGAGGCGGGGGCUUGCUACUGCUGGUCAUCAUUGUGGUCCUCAUCGCCUACAAGCGCAAGUCCCGGGACGCUGACCGCACCCUCAAGCGCCUGCAGCUGCAGAUGGACAACCUGGAGUCUCGGGUGGCCCUGGAGUGCAAGGAAGCCUUUGCAGAACUACAGACAGAUAUCCAUGAAUUGACCAAUGACCUGGAUGGAGCUGGCAUCCCCUUCUUGGACUAUCGCACCUAUGCCAUGAGGGUCCUCUUCCCGGGCAUUGAGGACCACCCGGUGCUGAAGGAGAUGGAGGUUCAGGCCAACGUGGAGAAGUCUCUGACCCUGUUCGGGCAGCUGCUCAACAAGAAGCACUUCCUGCUCACGUUCAUCCGCACCCUGGAGGCCCAGCGCAGCUUCUCCAUGCGGGACCGCGGCAACGUGGCGUCGCUCAUCAUGACGGCGCUGCAGGGGGAGAUGGAGUACGCCACGGGCGUGCUGAAGCAGCUGCUGUCCGACCUCAUCGAGAAGAACCUGGAGAGCAAGAACCACCCCAAGCUGCUUCUGCGCAGGACCGAGUCGGUGGCAGAGAAGAUGCUCACCAACUGGUUCACGUUUCUGCUGUACAAGUUUCUCAAGGAGUGUGCAGGGGAGCCUCUUUUCAUGUUGUACUGUGCCAUCAAGCAGCAGAUGGAGAAAGGCCCAAUCGAUGCCAUCACCGGUGAGGCCCGCUAUUCCUUGAGUGAAGACAAACUCAUCCGCCAGCAGAUUGACUACAAGAUGCUGACACUGAACUGUGUGAAUCCAGAGAAUGAGAAUGCCCCGGAGAUCCCCGUCAAAGUGCUGAACUGUGACACCAUCACCCAAGUGAAGGAGAAGCUGCUGGACGCCGUUUACAAGGGUGUUCCAUACUCCCAGAGACCCAAGGCUGGGGACAUGGACUUGGAGUGGCGCCAGGGCCGAAUGGCCAGAAUCAUCCUUCAGGAUGAGGACGUCACCACCAAGAUAGACAAUGACUGGAAGAGGCUUAAUACCCUGGCCCAUUAUCAGGUGACCGAUGGCUCCUCCGUGGCCCUGGUACCCAAGCAGAACUCUGCCUAUAACAUCUCCAACUCUUCCACCUUCACGAAGUCCCUCAGCAGAUACGAGAGCAUGCUCAGGACCGCCAGCAGCCCAGACAGCCUGCGCUCACGCACCCCGAUGAUCACGCCAGACCUGGAGAGCGGCACCAAGCUCUGGCACCUGGUCAAGAACCACGACCACCUCGACCAGCGGGAAGGCGACCGCGGAAGCAAGAUGGUCUCUGAGAUCUACCUGACCCGGCUGCUGGCCACCAAGGGGACCUUACAGAAGUUCGUGGAUGACCUCUUUGAGACCAUCUUCAGCACAGCUCACAGGGGCAGUGCGCUCCCUCUUGCCAUCAAGUACAUGUUUGAUUUUCUGGAUGAGCAAGCUGACAAACACCAAAUCCACGACUAUGAUGUUCGGCAUACCUGGAAAAGCAACUGCCUACCUCUGCGCUUUUGGGUGAACGUGAUCAAGAACCCACAGUUCGUGUUUGACAUCCACAAGAACAGCAUCACGGACGCCUGCCUGUCUGUGGUGGCCCAGACAUUCAUGGACUCCUGUUCCACCUCUGAGCACAAGCUGGGCAAGGACUCGCCCUCCAACAAGCUGCUGUACGCCAAGGACAUCCCCAACUACAAAAGCUGGGUGGAGAGGUACUACUCCGACAUCGCCAAGAUGCCCGCCAUCAGCGACCAGGACAUGAGCGCCUACCUGGCGGAGCAGUCACGGCUCCACCUCAGCCAGUUCAACAGCAUGAGUGCCCUGCACGAGAUCUACUCCUACAUCACCAAGUACAAGGAUGAGAUCUUGGCUGCUUUGGAGAAGGAUGAGCAGACGCGAAAGCAGCGGCUUAGGAGUAAGCUGGAGCAGGUGAUAGACACUAUGGCCCUGAGCAGCUGA